UUAAGACAGUACAUUUUAUAAGACUUUUAUAUAAACAUUAUAUAUUAAUAAUUAUUUAAAUUAUGGCUAAGUCUGUAACUACAUAUGAAAAACCUUUACCUCAUAUAAGUUUAGCAGAUUGGUAUGCUAAGCAGUGGGAUCUUCAGCAAAAUGCAGCUUUCAAAAGUGAAGAUGCAUUUAAAUUAAGAAAUACAGGGAAAAUUGUUUGUUCAGAGACAAUGGUGAAGACUAUUUGGGAUACUUACAUGAAUAAUACCCGUCUUGCAGAUAGAGUAACAGAAUUAUCACGUUGGAGAGAAUUAUUUCAGAAUUUGUUAGACAAAUUAGUUGCAGAAAUUAAAUUAUUACGAGAUGAAAAAGUUGAUACAGAAAAAGAAAUAGAAACUUUAAAUUUUCCAUUACAAUUAACAGCAGAAUGUAUUUCUAUGAGAGAUUGUCGUAGAGGAACAGAACUUACAUAUGAUGAAGCUGAUACAGAAUUGAAGAAAGAACUUUGCGUUAUUGAAAAUAUUAAAAAAUUAUUAACUCAAAGAGUGCAAGCUUCAUGGGAAAAGCUAAAUCGUUUAGAAGAAGUAAGAUUUACAAUGCAAUUAGAAGUGGAGGAUAAGGAUGAAACUAUUAAAAUAGAUAAAGAAAAUCUUAAUUUAGAUAGAACAUGUGCAAAUAUUAGCUAUAAACCAAAUGCAUUAAGAAUUCCAAAAGGUUCAAUAUCUUAUGAAGCUUGGUUAGAACAUUGUCGUUAUAUUAAAACUUUAGCUGAUAAUGAAUUAAGCGAUGUAUAUACUUUUCGAGAAGCUUUAAAUGUAAUGCGUGAACGUGCUAGAAACGAUAUUAAAGCUCAACAAGACGCAACGGAUUUUAGUUUACGUAAAAGAAUAUAUCAAACGCAAAAAGCUAGAAAUGAAUUAGAAUGGCAAAAACUUAAAAUUCAAAAGGAAAUGGAGAUUUUACAGAAAGAAAUAGUGAGACAAGAAGAUGCUUUACUACAUAAAAUUGAUUCAAUAAAAUGUGCACAAACAAGAUUAGAAAAUCGUACUUACCGUUCUGGUUUUGAACUUUGUCGUGAUGAAGCUGAAUUAGGUUUAAAAGAUGAAGUUUUAAACUUGACACAAACUGAAAAAGACUUAACUAAAGUUUUGGAAAAUUCAAAAGGAGCAUAUAAUAAUUUGGAAGGUUUACUUUUACAAGUUGAUAGAAAUCUAGAUGACAAGCAACAUUCUUUAGCAACAGAUGUGAUGUGUUUAGAUAUGAGAGCAACAUUAAAAACAGGAGAUAGAACACGAUUGCCAAAUGAAACAGAUCGUAACAUUGUUCUUACACGUAUGGAAAAAGAAAUACCACUUGAAUCAUGA